UGCUGCGUCCACGGUCCUCAGCGCGCAGCUCAGCAAAGGGGCUGUCAUCACACAUCGCAUAAAAAAAAUCCAAAUAUCGGUUUGUCCCUUCUUUAAUUUACACUUCCAAGAAGAAGCGUAAAACCGCACACGAGCAAAAUACCUUUGCCCUUUUGUUUUACAUCGUUCGGGACAGUAAUUUCUCAACGUCUCCAAUUUUUUUCCUCUGCGGAACCUCCAUCCAACCAGGCAACAACUGCACUAUUUAAGGAUUCAUAAUCUCCAUCCGUAGUAAACAUACCGCUAAAUCACCUGGGCGAUAGAGGACAAUAUGGCAACAGCUACUGAGUAAUUUGUAUUUCUCUGAAGCGGAUCCAGGAUUUUCCCCUUUCCCCAACAAACCGCAGCAAUGUCCUUGGAGCAUGGCCUGGCUUCAACACCAAUCCCAGCACACUGCACCCUCUGAACCCUAACGCUACGAAAAAUCCUUGGUUUUAAACACUUACUCGCUCAUUCUUUUCUCCUGCUCUCGUUCUUGGUGUCCUGAUGGAUUGGAAGUGCCCCGAUCCCUCGAUCUGUUGACCCUCGGGGUGAGGGGGUAGAGCGGAGAGGACAGGUUUUCUCAAAAUACACAAGUGUCCAGCUUCCAUUGUCCUAAUUCAUCUGAUGGAGAGUUAGAAGAACGGGAGCUACUACUGGGGAGGGAGAGGAGUGGAGGAGAUAAAAUAAAAACAAAAAAGGAAAGUCAAGAAUCAUCACAAAGACUUUAUUCUUUGCCCAGCCAUUGAGAUUGCUUUGCCAAGAGCUCCAGAGAUCUGGACGUGUGGGAAGUUAUAAAGACACGGAUAAAUCUACAUCAAGCAUCGUGGACCAAACACCUUAAGACCCAAGAUGUCCACUACGGCAACCAUGGGUGAGAUGGCAAACAGUGCGGUGGAGUUUUACCCCAAGCGGGCAGGAGGUAGUGUCGAAGUCAAUCAUGCUGGAGACUUUGGAGUGACGUUGGAUGAGCUCCGGGACUUGAUGGAGCUGAGAGGACCCGAGGCCUUGCAGAAAAUUCAGGAAAGCUUUGGAGAUACAGACGGCCUAUGCCAGAGACUCAAGUCUUCCACCAGUGAUGGUUUGUCAGAUAACCCAACAGAUCUGGAGAAGCGCAGACAGGUAUUUGGACAAAACUUCAUACCCCCAAAAAAGCCCAAGACCUUCCUUCAGCUGGUGUGGGAGGCAUUACAAGAUGUCACUCUCAUCAUCCUGGAGAUCGCUGCCAUCAUCUCUCUCGGCCUGUCCUUCUAUCAGCCGCCCGGACAUGAGAGCGAGGGUUGUGGGAAGGUGUCAGGAGGAUUUGAAGACGAAGGGGAGGCAGAGGCAGGAUGGAUUGAAGGUGCCGCCAUCCUACUUUCUGUCAUUUGCGUGGUGCUGGUGACCGCUUUCAACGACUGGAGUAAAGAGAAGCAGUUCCGCGGGCUACAGAGCCGAAUCGAACAGGAGCAGCGAUUCGCUGUGGUGCGCAAUGGAAACGUCAUCCAGAUCCCUGUCGCGGAAAUGGUGGUUGGGGACAUGGCACAGAUAAAAUAUGGUGACCUCUUACCUGCUGAUGGCAUCCUGAUUCAGGGAAAUGACCUGAAGAUUGACGAGAGCUCUUUGACCGGUGAAUCAGACCAUGUACAGAAGUCAUCUGACAAGGACCCCAUGCUUCUAUCUGGUACCCAUGUGAUGGAGGGAUCAGGGAGGAUGCUGGUGACCGCAGUUGGAGUCAACUCUCAGACCGGCAUCAUAUUCACUCUACUGGGAGCCGGAGAAGGGGAGGAGGAGAAGAAAGAGAAGAAAGUGGACAGUAGUAACUCACUCAGUACUAUGGCCAAACAGAGCAACAUCACCAAUGGCAAGCAGCCAGAGGCAGCUGUGGAGACAAAUCAGAAUAAAGCCAAAAAGCAGGAUGGAGCCGUUGCCAUGGAGAUGCAGCCUCUGAAGAGUGCGGAGGGUGGAGAAGUGGAGGAGAGGGAGAAGAAAAAGGCCAACGUGCCCAAGAAGGAGAAGUCUGUACUGCAGGGCAAACUCACAAAACUGGCUGUACAGAUUGGCAAAGCAGGUCUUGUGAUGUCGGCCAUUACCGUUAUCAUCCUGGUGCUGUACUUUGUGAUUGAGACAUUUGUGGUGGAAGGGCAAACCUGGUUGCCUGAGUGUACACCCAUCUACGUGCAGUACUUUGUCAAAUUCUUUAUCAUCGGGGUGACUGUGCUGGUCGUAGCUGUGCCUGAGGGUCUUCCCCUUGCUGUAACCAUCUCUCUCGCCUACUCUGUUAAGAAAAUGAUGAAGGACAAUAACCUGGUGCGCCACUUGGAUGCCUGCGAGACAAUGGGCAAUGCGACUGCUAUCUGCUCUGACAAGACCGGCACCCUCACAACCAACCGCAUGACUGUAGUACAGGCCUUUAUUAAUGACCAGCACUUCCGUGAGGUCCCUGACCCCAGUCAGAUCAAUUCCAACACCCUGGAGAUGAUUGUCAAUGCCAUAUCUAUCAAUUGCGCCUACACCUCCAAGAUCAUGCCACCAGAUAUGGAGGGUGGACUGCCCAAGCAGGUUGGUAAUAAGACUGAGUGUGGUCUGCUGGGCUUCCUGCUGGACCUGAAGAGAGACUAUGUUCCUGUGAGAGAGCAGAUCCCAGAGGAGAAGAUCUACAAAGUCUAUACGUUUAAUUCAGUACGCAAGUCCAUGAGCACUGUGGUGCAGAUGCCUGAUGGAAGCUUCUGCCUGUACAGUAAAGGAGCAUCUGAGAUACUCCUGAAAAAGUGUUCCGGGAUACUUGGUGCCAAUGGCGAGAUACGGAGCUUCAGGCCACGGGACCGAGAUGAAAUGGUGAAGAAAGUAAUCGAGCCCAUGGCAUGUGAAGGCUUGCGAACCAUCUGCAUUGCUUAUCGUGAUCUUCCCUGUGAUCCUGAACCUGACUGGGAUAAUGAAGCUGAAAUUGUUACCGAUUUGACCUGCAUCGCUGUCGUCGGGAUUGAAGAUCCUGUGCGACCUGAGGUCCCUGAUGCCAUUCGGAAGUGUCAGAGAGCAGGCAUCACUGUGCGCAUGGUCACCGGUGACAACAUCAACACUGCACGUGCCAUUGCUGUCAAGUGUGGCAUAAUUCAACCCGGGGAUGACUUUCUGUGCCUGGAAGGCAAAGACUUCAACCGAAGAAUUAGAAAUGAGAAAGGAGAGAUUGAGCAGGAGAGGAUUGAUAAGAUCUGGCCCAAGCUGAGAGUUCUAGCGCGCUCUUCCCCCACUGACAAACACACUCUUGUAAAAGGCAUCAUUGACAGCACUGUGUUGGAGCAGAGACAGGUGGUGGCCGUUACUGGUGAUGGGACCAAUGAUGGACCAGCUCUGAAGAAGGCAGAUGUGGGCUUCGCAAUGGGCAUAGCAGGAACUGAUGUAGCUAAAGAAGCCUCUGACAUCAUACUGACUGAUGAUAACUUCUCCAGCAUUGUGAAGGCUGUCAUGUGGGGGAGAAAUGUGUAUGACAGCAUCUCCAAGUUCCUGCAGUUUCAGCUUACUGUCAACGUAGUGGCCGUAAUAGUAGCUUUCACUGGGGCCUGCAUCACACAGGACUCUCCACUAAAAGCAGUGCAGAUGUUGUGGGUAAAUCUUAUCAUGGAUACAUUUGCCUCUUUGGCUCUUGCCACUGAGCCCCCCACUGAAUCUCUGCUGCUUAGGAAACCUUACGGCCGUAACAACCCUCUCAUCUCCCUCACUAUGAUGAAGAACAUCCUGGGUCAUGGAGUCUAUCAGCUCGUCAUCAUCUUCACCCUACUGUUUGUCGGAGAGAAAAUCUUCAACAUCGACAAUGGCCGCAAUGCCCCUUUACACUCCCCACCCUCUGAGCACUACACCAUCAUCUUCAACACCUUCGUCCUGAUGCAGCUCUUUAACGAGAUCAACGCCCGAAAGAUCCACGGUGAAAGGAACGUGUUUGAUGGCAUCUUCGCAAACCCAAUCUUCUGCAGUAUUGUUCUGGGAACAUUUGGAAUGCAGAUUGUAAUUGUGCAGUUUGGGGGAAAGCCCUUCAGCUGUGCCCCUCUAAAUAUGGAACAAUGGCUGUGGUGCCUCUUCGUGGGAGUUGGAGAACUGCUGUGGGGCCAGGUGAUCGCCACAGUGCCCACUAGUCACCUGAAGUGUCUGAAGGAGGCGGGCCAUGGGCCGGGUACAGACGAGAUGAUGGAAGAUGACAUGGCCGAGGACGAGGAGGAGAUUGACCAUGCUGAGAGAGAGCUACGCAGGGGACAGAUCCUCUGGUUCAGAGGCCUUAACCGUAUCCAGACACAGAUGGAGGUAGUGAGUACAUUCAAGAGAAGUGGUUCGUUUCAGGGUGCAGUGAGACGUCGCUCGUCAGUGCUCAGCCAGCUCCAUGAUAUGCGGGUGGUGAAAGCGUUCCGUAGCUCCCUUUACGAUGGAAUGGAGAAACCUGCGUCCAGGAAUUCCAUCCACAACUUCAUGGCACACCCUGAGUUUCUCAUCAACGACUACAUUCACAACAUACCGCUGAUUGACGACACAGACAUUGAUGAAGAAUCUGAGUGGUCGAGGCAUAACUAUCAAUUGCAUCCGGCCUUUCGAAAGCCCCCUCCUCCCCCAGUCCAGCAACCACAGCGUGCCCGCCCACCACCACAGCCCUAUCGCCAGUACAGCCUCCCUGCCAUGCCUAACCGCAACAACAACGCCAUCGAGAGUGGCAUCUAUGACCUAAACCUCCCCACAAGCCCCAGUGGGCACUGGACGACCCCCUCUCAACAUCUCUACCCCCUCAUUGCCCUGGAGACUUCUCUAUGACUGACUCCAGAUUAACCUACUAGACUUUGAGGAUGCAGUUGUGCAAGUCAGGCUGGUGGGGGAGGCAUCUAAUGACAUGAUAUAUGUGGUUGACCCCAUACUCACUGAACAGGGACAGGGUCCAUCACAUUACAAUCAUUUGCCCAUGCCACUACAACCGUCCACUACAAGCACUAUCACUCCUCAUAUCUCAACAACAACAUCCCUACAGGCAACUCUCCUCUCACUGUGUGGAGAGGAGGCCAUCUACUGUAUGUCUGGGGUUCCUUUGGAUGGUCCUAAAAAGUUCAGGGAUCCAGACCAGAUGGACUUUUAGUGGUUAUUUAGUGCUGGUGACUAUUGACUUCUCAGAAUGUGAAGGAAAAUAAGUUCCUACAGGUGGAGUAGGGGUCCAUUCACUUUUUAUUGGUGUAACUAAACUCAAUAUGAUUAUUGUCAUGUUUUGAAUUCUUACUAUUUCCACCAUCUUAAUGAGUGCUCAGAUUAUCAUUGUUACAUCACAGAGUCAAUUUUGUAUUACUCUAUAGCCAGUGCUUUAUGCUAUGAUUAGCUUUAAAAACAUUUGUUAAUUUAUUUAUUAUUUAUCAAUUAAUUUAUUGUGGGAUCACCAAAAUUUUCUUUUUAUUUUCACUUUAAUUUUGUCUUUUUCUCUCUCUCUCUAUGUGUCAGUGUGUGUGUGUGUUGUCUAUGUUUUAAAAAUAUAAAAAGUGACAAAAAAGAACUACUAACAAAGCAAAGAUUAUAUAAAUUUGAAGCUUUGAAUAAUUAAAUAAUAAUGCAUCUGCUGUUAACAAAAGGAAGACAAAAACAUUGCUGCGCGAUUUUAAUUUCUGUUGAAUGAUAAUAGUUUAAAACAUUUUAUAGAAAAAACAUAUUUAAGCGCAUUAUUUGAGGACAAUUUGUAGCUUGUUCUUGUUUAAAAUAUGCUACAGGGUAGGGGAUUUUGGGCAAUCCCUUCUCACAGACACAGUGGUUGAAGUGGAAGUUGUUUUUGGUGGUUUUCCAUCUUAGCAAUGGCAAACAGCCUUAAGACAAAAUAGCCUUGUUAAUAUGUCUUACCUUAUUCAAAUGAGCUGACUCAAAGUCUUGGUGAGUUCAGUGGGUUUGCCCAGACUCAACAUUUAAUGGUGUCUUAUAGUUCUUUCACAUUAAAGCCAUUAAAAUCCCUGUUGUUCAGAUGACACCAACAAAUGCAUUAACCCUUUAAACAAUUUCAAAUCAUUUUUGCUCUGCACAAGCAUACCUGCUGGCCCUUUAAAGCAUUCAUGUUCACACUUGCUAUCCUCAUACCUAUCUGCAGACUGUGGUCAGAGGGCAUAAACCAUUGUAGAGAAAUCCAUCUUAUACUGCCACAUCUCAGUUAAUGAAUAUCAAAGAUAUUAACAAUGGACAAUCUGCGAGGGUAUCAUUACUUUUGCACAAUAUUAGGGGUUCACUGUUUUGGGCAAACACCCAAAAGGUGACACAUUCAGAAUGAUUCUGAUGUUCACCGUGACACACUGUCUGGCUAUUGGUCUAUAUGUUACCAGAGUUAACAAUAUGUUUGCACAGAACAAUAAUCCCUGUUAUGUAAUGACAUGCAUGAUCCUCCAUGUCAAAUUAUAGUAUGUUUGAUUCACUUACAUUCCAUCAACUUUCCACUGAUCAAUGUACCAUCAGGAGUUACCUCUUUUUACAACCCAUCUUCUGGGUUGGUCCAGUUUUAAUCAUGUUGCUAUUGUCAAAGCAUUGCAAUGUAAUACAAUCAUUCUGUUAAAGAGACUGGCACUUAUGCAACAGACUGCCCUGUCCACAGCUCUGUAAAAUACGCUUCACGACAUGUACAUAGUGAUAUAAGACAAAAUACCUUUAUCUGUAUAGAAUACUUUUCUAGAUUGUCCAGUUUUGAGAAACUGGCAAAUAUUGAAAGCAGACAAUGCAAGCAUGAGCCUCACUAGAUCAUGUCAUUGCACUGGUCAGUCGUGUCUUUGCAGAGCAUGUUGAUAUCAUAGCGCUCUUCACUGUCAUUCUUUGACUUCACGUUUGUCUGUCGAUGCUUCACUGUGGCUCUUAAACAGUUUGUGGACACACGUUUCUCCUCCUAGUGCAUCUGUACUGUCAUUCAUAUGGGAUUGUACAUGCUGAAGUUCUCCUCCUGAUACUCUGGCCUGCUUUCAUUCAAAAAUGAGGCAUUGAGCCUGGGAGUGGAGCAGUGUCACACUGCCAAUCUGACUACUAAAUGCCAGUAGACACACUGCUUAAAAUGGGCUGACCAAUUCUACAAAGACCAGAACAUUUUGUUUGUUUAGAUCGUUAUGGAAACUGAAAACCUUAUCAGAUAUCACUCUGCCCUCCCAUUUUAAGCAGUUAAUAAACUGUUAUCUCUGUAUGACUGUGUUCAGCCUUUCAAUGAGUUGAUCAUGCUUGGACAGUUCCAGUGGAGUCUCCAUUGGUGAGAGCGCUGGCAGGUCUAUGAGACUGAACCCAUUUAAAAGCACAGACACAAUCAGCAGACCAAAGUGGUGGUCAGAGAGGAUGGAACUGGAACCGCUAAACCCAUAUGCAUAAUAAACAAAUAUUUUCUAACCUUAUCUUACUCUUAGCAAAGCUUAACUACCAAAAUAGGCCUCAAGCUAUGCUUGUCUCUGAAUCAUUUUAAAUUUGAACUAUAUCGAAGUUGUAUACCCCAAUCAUUCAACUCUCUAGAAAGUGAUGAUAUAUUACAGUGGCAUAUGUAUGGUAUCCCUCUUUUCCACAAAAACAGUUAGCCACUUUAUCGAGACUUAAAGUCCUGAUUGAGUGACAGAAAUAUAUAUAAAUACACAUACAUAUAUAUCUAUAAAAAAAUACAGAUAAUUCUAAACUCCAUUGUCUGCCUUCAUUUUGUUCCAUUCUGUUGUAGAAAAAUCAUGCAAGGUAAGGUGAAAAAUUGUAAUGUGAAAAAGAGUAAAUAAUAUAAUAUAUUUAAUAUAAAAGUUAUAAAUUAUUGUACAACUGCACCAUCACUGUAAAUUUUGCCAAAAUGUGCACAUGUGCAUCUAUUGUUUACAGUUUAAGCACAUGUUUUUGUUUUAUUACACUUUAUUGUCUUUUUUCUUUCUUUCUCCGUAUGUUUUUUGUAAAGAAUUAAAAUUGAACAGCUUGUACAUUAUUAUGAUUAUUAUUAUGACUAUUAUUAUGAUUAUUAUUAUUCUUGUCUUAUUCCAACAGUGCUCUUUCAACUGAUGGAAAAAAAAAAAAAACAGUUGCACAUUCUCCUGAACAUACACAUACUGCUCUACAAUGAAGAAAAAAAAAACACUUAAAAAGAGAAAAAAAAUUUAACUAUUAAAUAUAUUUAUAAUUACAUGCCUGUUACUUAAGAGAAAAAAGUAUCUAUAUAUGAUGAAAGAACACAGCUGUAUACUGUAGACUAAACUGUAUGGAAAUCUAAGAAUUUACUGGGAAAAUAAGUCAAAACUUUUUGUCUGUAUAAAAAAAAUCUAAUCAAAUUAUUCUACAAUAAUAACUUUGACCAGUGUCUGUGGUUGUCUUUCAUUGUAUGACUGUGAUUCUUUCUUUGGCCUGAUGAAAUUGCUUUGACAGAACUGCCUUAGCAGCUCUCUGUCCCUUCUCAGAAAUCUUAAAUCUCAGAAAUCUAAAAUAAUUAGCUGAACACUUGGACCUGGUGCCCCACACUUUUGCAUCAUAA